CCUAAUCGCCGCCUCUAUAUUGUACGGUGUAACAAUAAUUCAAACAUAUAUUUAUUUCAAAAACGAUUCAAAAGAUAAAGCAUGUAUCCGAUAUACAGUCGCGCUUUUAUGCAUCCUGGACACCAUUCACCUUAUACUAUGUAUAAUGACACUUUACUGGCACCUGAUAACCAACUUCUCCCAUGCCUCCUCGCUUGAUCAUCUGACGUGGAGCAUGAAUGUGCAGACCGGGUUCAAUGGACUCAUCGCUGUGAUCGUCGAAUGUUCCUUUGCUCGACGAGUUUAUACACUCUCGAGGAAUGUUGUUAUCACUGCAACUAUUGCGGUCUUCUCCUGCUUUCAUUUUGGUCUUGAAAUAGUUUUCACCGUCAAAAGCUUCAGAUUAGGAUCCAUGGGAGAAUUCCAGCAGUUGAUUUGGAUCACCAGUGCAGGAAAUGGAAGCUCAGCGGUCGCGGAUAUUCUCAUUGCCGCCUCCUUGUGCUUUUAUCUGUAUCGAAGCCGGACGGGCUAUCCGAGAACCGACUCUCUCAUCAGCACCCUGAUUGUCUAUAGCGUAGCGACGGGCCUAGUCUCAAGCUUGAUCGGCGUGGUGAUAGUAAUCACGUUUGUAAUUAUGCCCAAUAACUACAUUUGGCUGGCCUUCUGUUGGAUAGGCGGAAAAUGCUACGUUAACUCGUUCUUGGCAUUGUUGAACUGUCGUUAUUCACUUCGGGAGAAGGCGGGCCAAAAAUCAGAUAAAACAUUUAUGCAGUUUUCACUCUUUCAGACUGCCUCGGGGGGGACCGUUCAUAUGCCAGCUCCAGCUCCAGUUGCAAGACGAUCAUCAAGGACGCCGUCUGUCACGCCACUCAUGAUCAAUGUUCAAACAUCCACUAUUACGAAAACAGAUGACGGUGUUACGACUCCUAUCGGAAGUGCCUGUUUGGACCUGGUGCCAGUAUUAUCUGCAGUGUAGUGACGACCACAUGGAAACCGGGAAACGUUAACCUUCCACCGUAAUUUCUUGCUGUAUUUCUAUUUGAUUUCUAUAUCUAUCUGCAUAU